GGCAACGACCACGAGGAUAAUAUUACUUGUAGAGUACUAUUAUUGCUGCCACUACGAUACCUGUUCUAAGUUCCACAAAAAGUUGCAUACACACGUUCAUUAUUUGAUUCAGAGCAAGAGAAAACCAAUCAGAAAUGCCAAGUUUGACAAUGAUCGCUUCAUUGACAGCUUGUCUUUCACUUCUCGUCAUUCAAGCCUACGCCUUUCAAGAAGCAUCGAAUGCUGCGAUUUUUUCCAGUCGAAGUCAGCUUGGAUCCAUUUACACCCACGUUUCCCUCCAUGAAUCAUCGCAACCGUUUGAUUCCCAAGAAAGAAAUCUGCAAGAACGACGAUCUUUCCUCAGCAAGCUUGCUUUGAUUCCGGCUGUUGUACUUCCGUCGUUGGCGACGUUGCCAACAUCGGCUCAGGCAUCUGGGGGAGCCACGGCAGGAGGAGCAUAUUUGCUUUCCGCGAAAAAGCGUUACUACGAACGUGUAAAGGAAUCUGUAACGGGCCUUCUGAAGGCUGAGGAUGGCCUCAGGAACGGAGAUUCGAAGGUUGCGAAGGAGUAUUUUUCUAGCGAAGACGGUGGGAGCUGGAAGGAUCUGACAGCAGCAGGUUAUCUCUUAUCGAAUGCUUUUCGAAGAAGCAGCAGUACUGCUCCUGAUAGUCUACCAGCUGUGAAGGUACGUGAAGGUUAUUUUUUCCCCUAGUGGUCACGAUGUGUUGCAAAGGCAAACCAAGAUGUUCUUGUAUCUGUAGAAAAAACGACAAUGAAAAUCCGAAUCACUCACGAUGAAACCAAAAAACAACAUAUGGAUUUCCGUCUUUUUCAUAAAUCAUAUUUUGCUUUCAUUCGUAGAAAUACAAGGCUUUUGCAAAAGAGGUCGAGGCGUUCCAAAAGACUCUGAAAAAGAAGGGUGCAGCGGCUGCAUCUGAGGCAUUCCCCACUGUCGAAGCUGCUCUCGAUGAAUGGCUAAGCGAAAUCGAAUUACCAGCUGCCAGAGAGUUAUGAAAAAGGAUGGUUGUGUUCUACUGGUUAUCAUGAUUUUAGAAAAUAUAUUUGCGCGUGUUUGUUACAAUUUUCAUUCAUCAUCACUGAAUAGUCGGRGAACCUUAGUAGUACGGUACAAGAGCAUCGUGCCUAUUUGGAGGUACCGUUCUUUGGAGCGAGUACUACUAGUAGCAGCAUCAUUCUCCUGAAAAAGUGACAAUUCUGGCCUUCCGUGCGCCUCUUCUAUUUCACAAAGUAAAAUAGGAAGAUUUUU